UUUCUCCGUGUUUCUGUAAACGCAGCGACCUGAACUCGUGCUGUGGUUCUUUAGCAGCGCGACAUACCAGUCAGUGCCAAGAUGUCGGGCACAAUAUUGGAAAAUCUUAGCGGCAAAAAGUUGAGCAUUUUGGUGGCAACGCUUCUGUUCCUGCAAUUCCUCUGUUUCCUGUUGGGUGGUCUCAUCGCGCCGGUACCGGCAAGUGUGCAGACGAUUCUGGCCACGAUAUGUAAAGAUAUUCCCGGAUCGCACAACGAUACCACGGUGUGGUUGUACUCGCGGGGUGAAGACCGCUGCCAAAGCCUGGACCAUUUCGACAUCGAAAAUGAUGACAUGAAGAUGGCCAAUCAGAUAGUGUUCGUCUUCCAAAUGCCGUUGCCCCGGGAAGGCCGCCAGCUGGACUAUUCUCGCUGGCAGCAGAAUUUGAUCGGUGUGCUGCAAACGGACAUUGCGUACGAUGCUAAUGUGCUGCACAAACCGCACACGAAGAUUACGAUCGAUGCACGGCUGGCGUACCGGAACAAGGGUGAUGCUGAUCAGGACUGGAAGUAUCUGGCCUCGUCGCUGGAGGAGCGAGAUCUUGAUUGUACGGCAAAUAACGUCACCGAUGACUAUCUGUACAAUUGCAACACAAUUCCACUGUUUGAGCUUGGUUCGCUGCAUCACGAUUUUUACCUGCUAAACGUACGUUUGCCGGUGGAUAGUGAACGACGCAUGAACCUGGACAUAGGACACAUCAAAGAUUUGCACCUAUCCGUAAUCUACCAAAACGGUGGCUUCACGAAGGUUUGGGUAUCGCUUAAGACGGUGUUUCUACCUUUUAUUGUCCUCAUCAUGGCCUGGUUCUGGCAGCGUGUCCAUCUGCUGCACCGCAAACCGGCCCUGCUGGAAGAGAUGUUGCUGGCGCUGGGAUGUGCGCUUACAUUCUUAAACAUGCCGUUCGAAUAUUUUACGCUUUUCUUCGACAUGCCAUUUAUGCUGCUUCUAAGCGACAUACGCCAGGGAGUGUUUUAUGCUACGCUACUAUCCUUCUGGCUUAUUUUCGCUGGCGAACACAUGCUGAUUCAAGAGACGGGCGAAAAAUCAGGUCUCAAGACGUACUGGAAGCAUCUGAGCGCGGUAGCUGUUGGAUGUGUGUCCCUAUUUUUGUUCGAUAUGUGCGAACGAGGCGUCCAACUUCGAAAUCCAUUCUACUCGAUCUGGGUGUCUAAAAUUGGUGCAAACGUUGCUCUUGGAUUUAUCAUCCUAGCAGGCAUCUCAGCGGGAUUAUAUUUUUGCUUUCUGUGCUACAUGAUUUGGAAGGUGUUUUGCAACAUCAACAUCAAGCGCACAUCGCUCCCGUCAAUGUCAUCUGCUCGGCGUCUACACUACGAAGGCAUCAUCUAUCGCUUCCAGUUCCUGAUGCUGGCAACUCUUCUUUGCGCUGCUAUGACCGUGAUCGGUUUCAUAAUUGGGCAGGUUUCCGAAGGACGCUGGAAAUGGGACGAAAACAUCGAUCUGGAGUUCACCUCCGCUUUCUUUACCGGCGUGUAUGGCAUGUGGAACAUUUACAUCUUCGCACUGAUUGUACUGUACGCUCCCAGCCAUAAAAAAUGGCCCACCAACGAAACUACGGAAAAUAUUAUGAGCGAAGAGAUAGAAUUCAGCAAUCUGCCAUCUGAUUCGAAUCCAAGCGAAAUUUCGUCUCUCACGCAAUUUGCUCGAAAGGCAGCACAGGACUAAGCACUCCAACGAGAAUAUGCACAGCCUACUAAGCCACGUGUGCUGAAGACUGUUUGUAGCUGCUGCUCCGCUAGAUAAGAAGUCCCAUCCAACCCCCCGAGCACAAGAAGGAGGGGGCUUGCAUUUACGAGUAUUUUUACGCGGUUUUACACAAUCAUUCUAAACGCUCCAUGGCAACACACAGUAACAUAUAUCUCUGUAGUAGGUGUUCGUCUCAAAACGUCAACAGUAUUAGUAGCAUCAAACAGUAUCAGAAUGUGCGCUGUAUAAUAGGGUAAGGUAAAGCAACAUCAGGCGCUUUUCCUGCGACAUUUUGCUAGAUUAUAGUGCGUUUUACAUCUUUUCUUCAUAUUUAACGUCUUGAUCUUCCCUGAUAGCGAAUAAAAU